AUGGCGUCGCACUGCGCGAAACCCUCCGUGGCGCCAUGGCGCGCGCCGCCGCCGCCGCCGCCGUCCUCGCCCUCGACGUCGACGUCCAACCGCGGCGGCGCCGCCGCGGCGACGCCCGCGCCGCGCGCGUCGUCGUCCCCGCGCGCGGUCGCGGUCUUCCGACGCGCGUCUUCGUCGUCGUCGUCCUCGUCGUCGCGCGGGUCCUCGAUCCUCGCGCGCGCGGUGGAGACGCGCCAGGGAGUCGGGACCUCCUCCUCCUCCUCCUCCCCGCCGCCGCUCGUCCCCGCGACGCCCCCGCCGUCGUCGCGGAUCGUUCCGGGGAUCCCCGGCCCCGUGCCGUCCGUCGAAUCGCUCGAAGCGCUCGAGAUGGAGAAGGGCGCGUGCGAGAUCACGUCCCGGCGCUACACCCCCGCGCUCGUGCGCGAGCGCGCGCUUCGCACGCCCGUCGAGGCGAUCGCGACCGCGGCGCGAGGCGCGCAGAUCGUCCUCGCCGGCGCUGGGUUCGCGGCCGGGCUCGUCUUCGACAAGUUCCGCGCCGCGGAGGACGUCGUGAGCAGGAGCGACGAGCUGAGGAUUCUCCUCGCCGAGCUCGGGCCGUCGUUCGUCAAGGCGGGGCAGGUGCUCGCGAACCGCCCGGACAUCGUGCGCGCGGAUUACAUGGAGCAGCUCACGAAGCUUCAGGACGACGUCCCGCCGUUCCCGAACGACCAGGCGUUCGCGAUCAUCGAGGGCGAGCUCGGAAGGCCGAUCGCGGAGGUGUACAGCGCGAUCAGCGACGAGCCCAUCGCGGCGGCGUCGUUGGGUCAGGUGUACAAGGCGACGUUGCGAGAGACGGGGGAGGAGGUCGCGAUCAAGGUGCAGCGGCCCGGGAUCGAGCCCAUCAUCUACCGCGACCUCGUGCUCUUCCGCGCGCUCGCGUUCUUCAUCAACGCGGUGUCGCAGCGACGGCUCGGGUGCAACGCGCAGCUCAUCGUUGACGAGUUCGGGGAGAAGCUCCUCGAGGAGCUGGAUUACGUGCAGGAGGGACGCAACCUGCGCGACUUUUACGCCAACUUUAAGAACGACCCGAUCGUGAAGAUCCCGAGGCUCUACCCGGAGCAGAGCGGCAAGGCGGUGCUCACGAUGGAGUGGAUCGAGGGCGUCCGAUGCACGGACCCGGACGGGAUUCGAGCCGCGGGGAUCGACGUGGAUACCUUCAUUCGCGUCGGCGUCAUGAGCGGCUUGCGGCAGCUGCUCGAGUUUGGGCUGUUUCACGGCGACCCGCACCCGGGGAACAUCUUCGCGCUGCGGGACGGGCGAAUCGCGUACGUGGACUUUGGAAACGUCGCGCAACUGACGCAGACGAACAAAGAGACGCUCAUCGACGCGGUCGUGCACGCGGUGAACGAGGACUACGACUCCAUGGCGGGCGAUUUCAUCCGCCUCGGGUUCUUAUCCCCCGGCACGGACGUCCGACCGAUCGUGCCGGCGUUGGAGAACAUCUGGCAAGACGCGAGAACCGCGUCGCUCGCGAAUUUCAACUUUCGAACCGUAACCGCCGCGUUCAACGAGCUCGUGUAUCAGUACCCCAUUCGCAUCCCCGAGCGCUUCUCGCUCGUGAUUCGCUCGCUCCUGACGCAAGAGGGCAUCUGCAUGACGCUGCAGCCGGACUUUCGGUUCCUGGAGGUGGCGUAUCCGUACGUCGCGAAGAGGCUACUCACCGACCGCGACGCGAGCCUUCGCGAGCGCCUGCUUCAGGUGCUGUUCAACAACCAGGGCAAGUUCCAGUGGGCGCGCCUCGAGAACCUGAUCUCGCUCGCCAAGUCCGGCGGCGACGGGUCGAAGUUGGACCUCACGGACACCGUCGCGGACGGCGCGCAGCUCUUGGUCACGGACGAGGACCUGCGAAGGCGGCUCAUUCUCGCCGCGACGGAGGACGACAGGCUGCGCGUGGACGAGAUCGCGCGGCUCGCGGAGCUUUUGCGGGACGACGUCAAGGUGGACGAGCUCGCGAGGGAGGCGGUGACGGGCGGGCCGGAGUUUCUUCGGAAGAUGGCCCUGAGCUGGUCGCAGAAGGUGCUCAGCAAGUGA